GGGUCUUCCAUAACAAGAUUUGAACGCAAUACUGGUGGAAAUUAAUACGAAGACUGGCAGGACCUACACACUGAAACAAAUAAAAGAAAAAUUUCAACGGUUGAAAAUGAAGCACCGUGCUUUUUCGGAUCUGCUCAACCAUACUGGGUUUGGAUGGAAUCCAGAUACCAAUACGGUUACGGCUGCGGAUGAAGUAUGGGAAAAUUAUGUGAAGGCACAUCCAGGAGCUGGACAAUACAAGAAAAAAGGUUGUGAGAAUUAUAAUAGCCUUGGCCUUCUCUUUAAUACUGCAACAGCAACUGGUGUGUUGCAUCACGCUUCCACUGUGAGUCCUCCAAACACUGACGAGGAAAAAGAGCUAGAAACUCAAUUCAGGCAUUCAGGGGUGCACAUCAAUAUCGAUGUUGAAGAUGAUGAUGAGUUAUUAGAAGCUGGAAAAUUGGAGCCCAAGACUCGUAGUGGGAAGAGACUGUCAAUGCUGCCUACCAAAGGUUCGAGGAAGGAAUCAAAGUUGAGUAACGUUAGUGAGGCGCUCAACGCAUUUGUUAAUGUUCAGAAUGCAAAGGCUGAAAGGUUGAGGACCGUAAGUUGUGAAGCGACUAGUGCAGCUACCGAUGAUUCAUUAGCUUGUUGUAUGCGCAUUCUUAAUGGCAUACAAUUUCCUGUGGAGGUUCGUGUGAAGGCCCUGUCUAUGUUCAAAGAUGCUGAUUGGAGGAAAAUGUUUAUUGAGAUGUCAGAUGAGAUGAGGGAAGGGUGGCUUAUGAGCUUAUAGGGGCCAUGAAGUGUUAUGAGCUCCUUAAAAGGAAUCAUUUGUGUGUGGUUUGUUGUUCUUUGUUUCUGAAUGAUAUAUGUAUUUCUUUGUGUGGAGAUUCUA